AUGCAUACAGCAGACAUCCGUGGCUCCAGCAAGCAAGACAGGAUGGGGCAGGAAAAGCAGAAACCGACCUGCGUCAUCGAAUACAACGCCCUGAUGGGGGGCGUUGACAAGAGCGACCAACUAGCGGCAAAUCAUCGAGCAACUCCUACUCAGUGUACCUGGCCGUUGGUCCUCUCCUUCCUCGACUACCGCUUGAGUCUUGUCCGUGAGCUGCUGUUCGACGAGCCCUUGCCCAAGUACCGCCCUCAGCACGAUACUCCACCAGUCACCAACUCCCGCUUUGUCGGCCGACACUUCCCCGUGGGAUGUGAGAGGACCAGCUAUGGCGACUUCCGCCACCGGCGGUGUGUCCUCUGCGCUUCCCGUGGUCUGCAAAAGAAGACACACUUCGAGUGCGACACGUGCCACCAGCCCCUCUGCGUCGCCCCCUGCUUCAAGGAGUACCAUACUGUCCACUAA